UCUGUUUUCCACCAGGCCCAGACAAGCGAUUGGCCAAGGCCGGUCCCGUGACCAUGAAUUCCCUGCAAUUUCGCAGGAGUCCUGGGUUUAAUAGAGAGAGUCCCCAUACGCUUGUAUUUAUCAGCAAUAUACAAUUAUAAAGGCCCAAAAUUAAAAAAAAAAAAAAAAAGAGCAAAAUCUUCCCCUCCCAAAAUCGCUCCAUCACACAGACCUGGGGGGGGCAGGAGGGGGGGUCCCUUCCGAUCCUCCCUCCUGACGCCCCCCCAGCAGGCCCCCUCCCCCACCAUUGAAAGCCAUGAAUUUUGAAUUUGAGAGGGAGAUUGGGUUUAUAAACAGCCAGCCAUCGCUCGCCGAGUGUCUGACUUCCUUCCCCGCUGUCUUGGAGACAUUUCAAACUUCAUCAAUCAAGGAGUCGACAUUAAUUCCUCCUCCUCCUCCUUUCGAGCAAACCUUCCCCAGCCUCCAGCCCGGCGCCUCCACCCUUCAGAGACCCGGGAGCCAAAAGCGAGCUGAAGAUGGGCCCGCUCUGCCGCCGCCGCCGUUCCCCGCCGCCCCCAUGGCCCCUGAGUUCCCCUGGAUGAAAGAGAAGAAAUCUGCCAAGAAACCCAGCCAAUCCGCCACGUCUCCCCCGGCCGCCUCCUCCGUCCCGGCCUCCGGGGUCGGAUCGCCCGCAGAUGGGCCGGGACUCCAGGAGGCCGCGGGCGGCGGGGCGCGCAGGCUGCGCACUGCUUACACCAACACGCAGCUGCUGGAGCUGGAGAAGGAAUUCCACUUUAACAAGUACCUGUGCCGGCCGCGCCGCGUGGAGAUAGCGGCCUUGCUGGACCUCACCGAGAGGCAGGUCAAAGUGUGGUUCCAGAAUAGGCGCAUGAAGCACAAGCGGCAGACGCAGCACCGAGAGCCGCCCGACGAGGAGCCAGCCUGCCCCGGCGCGCCGAAGGACACCGGCGAGCCCGCCGAGGAGCCCGUGACCAGCCCGGGCCGCCCCACCGCCUCGCAGGCGGCGCGGGAAGCCUGCUGUCACCCGCCCGAGGUCGCGCCGGGGCCUCCGAGCGCCUCGGGCCCCCGGCCUUUGGCAGCUCGCGUGGAGGACACGGGCGCGCGGAGGCCGGGCGGCGCGCUGCGCGGGGCGGGCGGGCUGGGGCCGGAGCCGUUGCCAGAAGACGCCUUUCCGGAGCGGCAGGAUUCACCUUUCCUCCCCGACCUCAGCUUCUUCGCGGCCGACUCCUGUCUCCAGCUGUCCGGAGGCCUCUCCCCCAGCCUCCAGGGCUCGCUCGACAGCCCGGUUCCCUUUUCCGAGGAAGAGCUGGACUUCUUCACCAGCACCCUCUGUGCCAUCGACCUGCAGUUCUCCUAAUAACCCGCUUCCUCCUCCCGGCCCUCGACCCCCGCCCCCCUCGGCUGCCGAGGAUCCCACUCCCCGAGCUGUGUAGACUUCUUUAUGUGUUUUGCUAAAAUUCAGGUAUUAUUGAA